UCAACUGUAAGGGUAGAUUCCACCAAUCCUUUUACUGAGAUUGAUAUCUAAACAUUGUUAACUAAGUUUAAAGGCAUUCCUUUAUGACAAACGGCAUUUGCAAGAUUUUUAGAGGCAAUCCACAUUUUUAGAGGAUGUUUAUGACAGGAGCAUACGGGGCAACAUUUCCAAAGGGGCACUCAUAAACGAAAGAGGAAAAGACUCGGGGAAAUCCUGUUCCAGGUUUUCAGGCAGCCCGUGUGAUUGACACAUGAUAUCACUGGAGGCGUGUCCUGGGUUGGAGGUGGAGGUGGAGGCAAGGAGCUGAAAUUCUGCGGAGCCAGAGUGGGACUGCUCUGUAAGGCACGCAGUGGUUUGCAGAGUGAUAGCUGCAGACAGAGCUCCCUGCCCUGGAUAAGGAACAGCUACAUUCGCUGUAAAUGUGCCUGAAGAGCAAUAUCCAAUCUUUGCGUUAGCAGGCAUUUAGCCCGUGGAACAGGAGGCUCGGAGGACUGGGAGUGAGCGCUGCCUGGGAGAUACUGACCGCCAGGACCGGAGUUCCCGGGGACGCCGUGCCCCCACUUGCCGGGCGUGCGGGAUCCGGAAACUGCCUGAACCUGCUUGGGGGCCAAGGGACGACGCCCCAUCUCCUCUCGCGAGGAGGACCCCCAAACUUCGCUCCCUUCGCUGCCACCCCUAAAAAAGCGGGUUAAAAAAAAAAAAAUCCCACCCACGGGGAGCGGCGGCUUGGCCUCGCCGGCUUGUGUUCCCGGGCCCUGCACGGCUCUGUGACCCGCCUGUGGCUGCCGGUUCGAGCCCUGUCUCAGGCGCCGCGGAGUCUCGAGCGUCCGUGACGUGGAUUUUCACGCGUCAGAAGCCGCCACUCCCGCCCUUCCCGCGAAGGAGCGACUGGACCCCGAGAAGCACCCUCGUUCUUGCUCAGCGGCGGGUCGGCGGGGAGGUCACGCACUCUUCUCCUACCGCUCCCUAGAUCGCUAUCAAGAGAGACUCGGAGAGCCCCCCGAAGGAAAUUUUUUUCUGGCUCUUGGAAGGAAGCAGGACGAGAAGAGCCUGGGAGGUGGAUGUUACUGAGCUGCGCGGCGCACGCGAGCCGUGAAAGAUCUGCACCCGGCCGCGCGGAGUCCCUGGAGGAUUGUUCCCCGCAGCCGGAAGGGGGCCGCGGGGAGCGCUCCUGCCCGGCGGCGGGGGCGGAGGAGGCUGCGGGUCGACCGGCCGCAGCUCAGGCCAUGCCUCUCCGUCCUCUUCGCCACGGUUGAUGCGGCGCUUGGUGCGUCGCCAUCCGCACCAGGACCCCCGCCGGGUUGCAAAGCUUGGACCCCCGCCCCCGCUUCGGCCUAGGAUUUCAGAUGCAUGCCAGGUUUCCACUGAUUGGCAGAAUUGAAGAGCACUACACAUGGAUCCCCAAAAUCAACAUGGCAGUGGCAGUUCAUUAGUUGUGAUCCAGCAGCCUGCUUUGGAUAGCCGUCAGAGGCUAGACUAUGAGAGGGAGAUUCAGCCUGCUGCUAUUUUGUCCUUAGACCAAAUCAAGGCCAUCAGAGGCAGCAAUGAAUACACAGAAGGGCCGUCAGUGGUGAAAAGACCUGCUCCUCGGACAGCACCAAGACAAGAAAAGCAUGAAAGGACUCACGAAAUCAUACCAAUUAAUGUGAAUAAUAACUACGAGCAUAGACCUACCAGCCACCUGGGCCAUGCAGGACUCUCAAAUAAUGCCAGAGGCCCCAUAUUGAGCAGAUCAACCAGCACCGGAAGUGCAGCCAGUUCUGGGAGCAACAGCAGUGCCUCUUCCGAGCAGGGGCUAUUAGGGAGGUCACCACCAACCAGACCAGUUCCUGGUCAUAGGUCUGAAAGGGCAAUCCGGACCCAGCCCAAGCAGCUGAUUGUGGAUGACUUAAAGGGUACCUUGAAAGAGGACCUGACACAGCACAAGUUCAUUUGCGAACAGUGUGGGAAGUGCAAGUGUGGAGAAUGCACAGCUCCCAGGACCCUGCCAUCCUGUUUGGCCUGUAACCAUCAGUGCCUUUGCUCUGCUGAGAGCAUGGUGGAAUAUGGCACCUGCAUGUGCUUAGUCAAGGGCAUCUUCUACCACUGCUCCAAUGACGAUGAAGGGGAUUCUUACUCGGAUAAUCCUUGCUCCUGUUCACAGUCACACUGCUGCUCUAGGUACCUGUGUAUGGGAGCCAUGUCUCUGUUUUUACCUUGCUUACUCUGUUAUCCUCCUGCUAAGGGAUGCCUGAAGCUGUGCAGGGGGUGUUAUGACUGGAUCCAUCGCCCAGGGUGCCGAUGUAAGAACUCCAACACUGUCUAUUGUAAGCUGGAGAGCUGCCCCUCCCGGGGUCAGGGUAAACCAUCAUGAUUCCUGGAGGUGGGUUGAACCUCCUGAACUGCUCAAUUUCAAGCUGUGGCUGUUUAAAAAGAUCCUAUUAGAUACUGGUUUUGUUUUCUUUACCAUUCUUCCCUGUUUUCCACCUUCUCUACCCCUCUUCCCAAGGUUUGACUCAUGGAUUUUAUUCUCUAAUGGAUGAUCUUCAGUAAGAGUGAACUGUGAAACUGCACCUGGCUCCGCCUUAUGACAAGAGCCUCUGCCAUCCACUUGAGAGGGUAUUGAAAGCCAGUGGGCUUCUGUGUAGCCUUUUUGUUCUUCAAGCAACUUUCCAAAGUUGUGCAUGUGAACACACACACACACACACACACACACACACAGGCUACAGUGAUUUAGAGCUGUUCUUGAUUGGGUACUCUGGGAGCAGGGAAAUUGGUUUUUAAAGAAGCAGCCGUUGAAUUGCUUAAAUAAGCUAUGUAUUAAAUCUCUUCAGUUAGGGCUAUCUUCAUAGCAUUGGACUCUUACGUAGCAUGGGGGAUGUGUUAUAACAGUAAAAUUCUCCUUUAAUCACUGCCCUCUCCUUCUUGCCCCUCAACAUGCUCUCCCCUCAGUGCUGGCAUUUUCUGCAUCUAGAGAUGCCAGGGUUUUGUUCUGGUUUUUUUUUUCCCAGUGUAAUUUUAGAUUUGCUUUACAAUGUAAAUCUUCACAUUGGAGGUAUAUUGGUAAUAUCUUGCUCAUCCCUUUUCAAGCUUUCAUAUUUGUGAAGGACUCAACUCCCUUCCUUUUGUACCCCACGCUAUUUCACCAAAUUUCUCAUCAUUGAGGGCACUUGGAUAACUGAAGUUGGUAUUUAUAGCUGAUCAAUCUAUAGGUGUCACAGAACUAUGCUGCCUAAAGUGAUCUUGGCUCCUUAAUGCUUUUUGGCCCCUUGGUUAGUUAACAGCUAAGUAAUUCUAACUUUCCUGUGUUUUCAUUGCCUUAACCACAAAUUGUGGUGCUUUUGUAUAUUUUAUGUAUAAAUCACAAAGUUGAAUUCUGACUAUUUUUAAGACAAAAGUCUGUUAAACUUUUUUAUUGUAAAGAAUAUUUAUUAUGCGAAUCUCUAUUAUUUUAUGAUAUUUAUUGCAAAAGACUGUUGAAAUGUACUCAUGUCUGAAUAUAACAAAAUAUCAAUACGUAACGGAAAAUAAGGUGACACGAAGAAAGUACAUAUGUUAACUAUAAUGCAGAAAAUAUAUUAAUUAAUGAAACUGUCUCUCGAUUUCUUCAUUUAUUAGCCUGUACUAUUGUGAUUUUUGGUCAUUUGCUUUGACUCUUCAUGUAUACUCAUUUUUUUUCUCUUAUACUGAAUCUAGAUGUAGGAAAAACUCAAAUUUUGAACUAGAUGUUCCCUGGAAAAUGCAUUAAUCAGUAUUUUGUAAUCCAAAUUAUGUUUCAACAAAUGCCCUAGGAAAUCACUUUACAAAGUGAAAAAAAAAUUUAUAAUUAAUAUUAACAAUUUCUCCCUACUUUGGGUAUUUUGUAAGCAAAGGAUUUUGUGUAUGUCCUAGUUUCUUGGAAUGGGACAAAUCUGUAAGUUUUUUAAAAUGUUUUUUUCUGACUCUCUUAGAUUAGUCAGAAAUUACUUCUUAUCAGCAAAACAAAGAACUUAGUUCUAUAGGUGUGCUAGGAGUCUCUGGUACUGUCACUUUAAUAAAACAUUCUAAAAGUUAAGAAUGCACCAGGGAAGUUAACAUUACCAAAGAUAUUUUAAAAACAUUUCAAUCCUUACCUUUUAUUUCCUUUAAUGUCUUUAAUGUGACCUGAUCAAGUAACAUUUUGUCAUGUCUUAUGGAAUAAGAAAUCUGAGGGCCUGCAACUUUAUAUAGAAAAAGUAAUUCUGUUUAGUUUUUAGUCUGCUGAAGUCACAACAUAAUUAGAAUCUUUGGGUCUGAUAAAAUUUUGUUCAUGUGACUCUUCAGACUCAUUUUCACUAACUUUUCCAUAUGCCUAACUGGUAUAUCAACUCUGAGUAAUCCGCACUUGAGAAUAAGGAUGUUGACAUAAUUUGAACCCAGGAUUUAGGGCUAUCAAAACUCUUAUCCAGCGUUUUUGUUUCAGCUAAUGUCUCUUACAUGACUAGGCUUCUAGUUUUGGUGUAUUUAUUCCUCAUAAAUAGGCUUUGAUUUUGUUUUUAUCAGACAAGACAUGAGUGAUAGAAACUUGUUUUUUAUGCUUUUCCUUUGGGCCACUUAACCUAGUAGUUGGCAUUGUGGCACUUGAUAUAAUCAAAUAUUUUCUCUAUGCUCUGAAAACAGGAACUUUUGUUUUUUUAAUGAAUAUUUGCCUUUUGGAAGCCAUUUCAAAUUGUGGAUUUAUUUCCUCUUGUAUUCAAGUCCUGUAAUGUAUUAUCACUGGUCCCUUAAUAUUGAAUAUUUCCUUGAGAUUUGGCUCCUUAAUGAAGUGUAUAAACAGGACACCCUCAAAAUACUGUGUAACUUUUUUCUUUUAUUUAGACCUUUGGUGUAAAUAGGAAUUGGUGUAAGAGCUAUAGCUGUACCAACCAGACUAAGAAGCUAUAGCUUUUAUUGAAACUUAGAACUUUGGUAAGAAUGAGGUAUGCUGUGGAGUUUUAACUUCUGGCUAUAUGGGGAAUACAUGAAAAUUUACAAUAUUAAGAUGGUAGUCUACUGCUGCUGGGGUUCUGUAUGUUCUCUGGCUUAAUGUCAAAUCCAUAUUUGGGAGUAGCAAUAGGUUAGAGGUUCAGACUACUAACCCACUUGUCGUGUGCAAAGCAUAAGCGUUUUGAUUCAAAACUUCCUCCUUUGUGAUGGUUUAAACCUAGAAGGAAAAAAUACUAGGAUGUGUCUUUAUAAGUGCUUAUGAGUCCUAAGCUUUUGAACCAAAUACUUGAUGAUAAUUUUAAAAUACCAUGACUUUGAAAGCAUCAGCAAAGCUGAACUUUCUUAACAGUGCCACUGCCAUUUAUUUGAUAUUGUCAAGUGAAAAAAUAAAAUAUAGAUUAACUUU